AUGUCGGUGAGAAAUCUCAGCGACGAGUUCAUGAUCUGGCGGUACAAGGUGGAAUUCUGCAGCCGCAAGGACAACCACGACUGGGCGACCUGCCCCUAUGCUCACGAUAAGGAGAAGGCAAAGCGCCGGGACCCAGCAUGCUUCAACUACGCGUCCCUGCCAUGCCCAAACACAAUGCAGGAGUACUGGCUGCACCCAGACCGCUUCAAGACGCAGAUGUGCAAGAACGGGAGCUCGUGCACGCGGCCGCUCUGCUUCUUUGCGCACAACGGCAUGUUCCGCUUCCCUGCUGCGCCUGGAUCACCGCAGUCAGCUUCGGCGUCACUGCAGCAGCAGCAGCAGCAGCAGCAGCAGCAGGCGACACAGCUGCGCGCUUACUUGGAGGAGCAGCAGCUGCUGGUGCAGCUGCAGUGCGCAUCACUGGAGCAGGAGCAGGUGCGCCUGGGCCUGUUGUUAGGCCAGCUGCAGACUUCGGCCGCGGUCCCUAGCGCUCAGCCCCUUGACGCGGCGCCGCCGUCGCCGGUCAGCGUGCAGACGAGCGCGCUGAGCGGCAGCUCUUCCAUCUGCCCAGGCGUGGGAGGGGACCUGAACGCGCUGCUGCUGCAGCAGGUGCCCAUGGCGGCGGUCAACAACGAGCCGCUGCAGCUGUACCCCGUCUCGGCCGCGCUCGCCACUGCCAUCGCCGGCGGCGGCGCCCUCAAUGGCGCCGCGGCGUGGCCUGUGGCAUCCGCACAGCAGCAGAUUGGAGUGCUGCCACUUGCGUUCGACGCCGGCGCCCUGCGCCCGCUGUUUUAA